ACAUUGUAACCUUGAUUGUAAGGCAUGCCAUAAGAAACAUUGGAGUUUGUUUUAUCGUUGUCUUCCUUGCAAGUUUGAUAUUGACAUCGAAUGUGCUCUUCCAAGGCUAAAGUUUGUUGUUGAAUGUAGUGAGCACUCAUUCACUCAAUUAUUUAGGGAUGACCCAUUCGUUUGUGAUGCAUGUGGGAUUGAGGGAAAUCAUAUUUCCUAUAUAUGUUCUACAUGUCACAUUAUGAUCCAUAAAAAAUGCGUUUCAUUGCCACGCAUCAUCAAAACUACAUGGCAUCACCAUGAAAUUAUUCACAACUACUUCUUUCAAAAACAGGAGCUUGAAAAACACGGUUGUGGAAUUUGUUUCGGUGAAUUGCUAAUGAAGUAUGGCAGUUACGAUUGUUUAAAGCAAGAUUGCAAUUUUGUUGCCCAUGUGGAUUGUGCAAUGGAGAAGUAUCUUGCAACUGGUCAGAUAAAUGAUCAAGAUGAGGAGUCUAGUGAAAAUUUAGCUUCCAUCACUUGUGUCAUUGAAAUGAACCAACAUGGAGAAGCCACAAAGAUAAAACAUUUCAGCCAUGAACAUGAUUUAACAUUAGACAACAAGAUUAAGGAAGACAAUGAUAAACGUUGUGAUGCGUGCAUGCUAUCCAUCUCAACUUCCUUUUACUAUUGUUCACAAUGUGAGUUCCUUCUCCACAAAACCUGUGUCGAAUUACCCAGGAAAAAACAUCAUUGGUUUCAUGAAUCUCUCUUCACCCUCCAUGUAGAGAACACUUUCCAAUGUGGUUUAUGCUAUCACUACUGUAGUGGUUUUGCUUACCAUGGUAACAACACCUAUAAAUUUUGUCUAAGGUGUGUUGGAAUUUCUCGUAUCAUCCCACGUCAACGACACAAACACACUCUCUUUUUUGACUUUGAUUUGAAUAAAGGGCAAUGCAAUGCUUGUGGUGAUUACAUUCAUCGUGGAUACAAGUGUAAAGAUUGCACUUUUGUUUUACAUGUUAAAUGCAUGGCACUACCACAAAGAGCUCGGCAUAAGUGUGACAAACACUUUCUAGAACUUACUUUUCAUGAUGAAAAUGCUGAUCUAGAAGAAUAUUACUGUGAUAUAUGUGAAGGACAAAGAGAUCCAAACCAUUGGUUCUAUCAUUGUGCAAUUUGUGAUAAUUCUGCUCAUCCAAAAUGUGUUUUUGGAAAAUAUCCAUUUUUGAAGAAGAAGAUAGGAGAGACUUACAAGGUUUGGAAUCACCAUCAUCCGCUCAUUUGUGUUAAAAAGAGUUAUGACAUCUGUCUUAGGUGUGGCCUGCCUUGCCAAGAUAUAGCUCUUGAAUGUAAAUCUUGUAACUUUACCCUCCACUUUGAUUGUCUUGACUUGGAAGAUUUGGUAGCUUUCUGAUAAAGUGGGGGUGAAGUUAAAAGGAGCGCUUGUUGUUUUUGAUUGUAAGGGGUUGUUAUUUUCCUUUGUUUUAUGAGUGUCUGUCUGUUCACUUGUAGCCUUUUGUUCCUGUUUUUUUUUAUCAAUCUUGAUCAGUUUGUAAGUGUUGCUUGAUUGGGCUUGAAUGACAUUGCUUUUUGUUUCAA